AUGGACGGAUCGCGAUCGCGAAGACGACAACUUGGAAUGGGAAUUGAUGACUGCGACAAGUCGCCGUGCCUGACGCGGCAGACGAGGGGAACAAAGAUGACCACCAGCCCCUUCAGCCGCAGUCGAUGCACAAGGCGUCAGAUGCAUGCGCGGUACCAGCUUCGGACCCGUGUUGCCCAUGGUUUGCUGCACCCAAGUGCCGCGACCGACCAACAAGACCUCGAUGCCCGCAACCAGGGACGUGCUGCCAGUGACAAACCGCACACGUUCCAGAGAGAGCGAUUUUCAACUUCCGGUCUUCUCGUCCACGGCGGUUCCCCUCUCUCUUCUCCUGUUUCCUGA